AUGAACAGCAGUAGCACACACGCCGGGCCGCCCUUCUCACCGCACGACGCCGCGGCGGGAAAUGGUGUCGUGUUCAAGAAGCAGGUGUUGAAGCUGGGGCUAGACGGUAGCAGUCUGCCUCGGCUAGUGGUGGUGACGGAGAAGAACGUGUACGUCUGCCUCCCUUCUGGCGGGAUCACACGCACCAUCGCGGUCGCAUGCAUUGAGCGGAUCACGCUGAGUCCGCGCGAGGACAUGGUGAGCGGCGAUGCUAGCGAUGCUACCGACGUCGCACCUCCUUCCAGUCCUAACAAAGCCAAGAAGGAACCGUCGAGGUCUCCGGGCUCCUUCUUUGCCUCCGUCUUCUCGCGUGGCAGAGGCGGGGCCAAAGACUCCGAAAAGAAGAGCGCCAGCAGAUCUCGUCACCGGUACGAAGAGGACGUGGAUGAGACCCACCCCGCGUCCCCGAAGAGUGCUGCACCGCCGACACAGCAGCCAGGCCCGAGCGCCGCGCUAUCCAGCAGUGACCAGCAGAGCAGCACUGGCGUCUCUCCCGCCGAGUGGGCCGUCAUCGCCACGCUCGGCAUCGCGUCGGAGGCUCCGCUGGCCCUUCAGCUGCUGCGUGUCGAGGAUGGCGUAGACUUCGUCGCGGCCCUGCGUGCGUCGCCGCACAUUUCGGCCAGCGCGGUCUUCAACGUGCCCGACGAAGACGGACCGACAAACGCGAUGGGCGAGCUGCUUUUUGCUCCGCCGGCGCGACGCGCCGAUCCGAUCGUGCCGCGUGUGCUGGAGCGCGACGCGGACGAAAAAGAAGGAGUGACGCAGAAGAAGCCGGGGAGUGACGUUGCCGAGAACACUGCCGUGGACGAGGUGGAGCUCUCGCCCUCCUCGCCGCGCAGCACCAACGUUGCCUCCCCUCCCCCAAUGACCGUUAGCGCCGACGUUGAAGUUCCUUCGCUUCGGGUGCGCAACGCUGGUAGAGUCGCCGUAAGGGACGCUGUCAACGGCAAGAAUAAUAAUUACAACGCAGAGGAGAUCGCCGAAAAGCUGCGUAGCGGUGGGGCGAGAGGUCAGGAGGCGGGUGCAUUGCACACGCGGGAGCACGCCUCUUCCCAUUCUUCCCCUCCCUCGUCUCGAUCGCCUCCGCCUUCUUCCAAGGCGAGCAGUGUUCACACGGCAGAGGAGGUGGUGACGCUCACGCCUGUGCACGCGCCGACCCGCCCUUCACCGGAUGCAACGCCCCAGAUGCAGCAGCAGCAGCAGUCGCAAAAGGCGAAGGAACCACCGGCUGCCGCAGCGACAAGAGGAAAAAGCCACCGCGACAUCUUGUACAGUCGCACCCUCACCUGCAGACGUGCAGCUCCUUCCAGGUGCACUUCAGCUCACACCGGAUGGCAAGUACGUGGUGGUGUGGAGCAUUCGGUUGAUGCGAAAGGAAAUCACGGCGGUGGCGGCGCGUCACUCACGCAUUCCGCCGACGCAGCGCAGCUAUCACGUAACGGCAGAGUCGUGCCUGCACAUCUUAGAGUUUUCAACUGGUGGGUGCGUCGGCAAGCACUUCGAGGCCCUUGA